GUAUAUAAAUCCCUCUUAUCCCAUCAAUCCACACCUCUUUAAUUCAAAAAAUUAAUACAAAAAGGUUUAAGUGAGAUUGGUGUCCAACAAUUAAAAAGAUGAGUCAAGAACAGCCAAAGAGGGAGGAUUUUCAAGAAGAGGCUAUCACAUACGGAGACGUCUUCAACGUUCAAGGAGAUCUCAAAACCAAACCGAUUGCACCGGUUGACGCCGCCACCAUGCAAAAGGUGGAGAGUCACCUCCUUGGUAAGAACCCGAAGGGUGGCGUCGCCGCCGCGAUGCAAUCCGCGGCCAUGAAAAAUGAGAGAGAUGGGGUGGUCGGGCACAACGAUAUUAACAUAACUGCCACUGGUGCUAGUGUGAAGGAGACCGAUGCUCCGGGGAGGCAAGUGAUAUCGGAGUCCGUUGGUGAACAGAUGGUGGAGCAAUUUAGCAAAAAGGCGCCACUGACGUCAUCUUCUCCUGUUCAAGACAUGGGCAUUGGGGGCGGUGGGAUCACCAUAGGUGAAGCGCUGGAGGCCACGGUUCUCACGGCGGGAAAGAAGCCGGUGGAGUGGAGCGAUGCCGCGGCGAUUCAAGCUGCGGAAGUGAGAGCCACUGGGCGCACCAACAUUGUCCCCGGAGGCGUUGCUGCGGCGGCGCAAUCAGCCGCCACUCUAAAUGCUCGGAUUACAAAGGAAGAGGACAAGACGAAACUCGCAGAUAUUCUGGCGGAUGCGACUUCGAAGUUACCGUCAGAUAGAGCAGCGACUCGGAGAGAUGCUGAAGGUGUGACGGGUGCAGAAAUGAGAAAUGAUCCCAACCUCACUACUCAUACUGGGGGUGUGUCCGCAGCCGUGGCUGCUGCUGCUAGGCUUAACCAAAUGAUCAGUAACUAGUUCUAUACCAUAUAUGUAUAUUAUCACCAUUGCCCAUUUUGUAAGUGAUUCAUUUUUUUUCUUUUCUUCGUGGAGAACUGAAGAACCUAAAUUUUAACUCAACGAGUCCUCUGACCAAAUGUUAAGGAGCUCGCCCAAUUCUUUUAUCUAACCGUGCUAGUUUUCUUCAAAGCAAUGCGUUCAUAUUUUAUUUCUGCUUUCAUUUGUUUGGAAUGUGUA